AUGAAGAGGAAACUGAGACAUUUGACAGUUGGUAUGUCUGUCUACAAUAAGUCUGAUGUCCAUCCUUCAACCUUCAUCCUCAUUGGCAUUCCUGGGUUGGAGGCAGAACACAUGUGGAUCUCUAUUCCCUUUUGCAUGGUCUAUAUUUUAGCAUUGGUGGGAAACAGCUCACUUCUGUUCAUCAUCAAGACAGACUCCAGCCUCCAUGAGCCAAUGUACCUCUUCCUCUGCAUGUUGGCAGUGGCUGACCUCGUGGUGUGCACCACAGCUGUUCCCAAACUUCUCAGUGUCUUCUGGUUUCAUGAUGGAGAGAUUCGCUUUGAAGCUUGCCUCACUCAGAUCUUCCUAAUUCACUCUUGCUCGACCAUGGAGUCUGGCUUUUUCUUGGCCAUGGCUUUUGACCGUUACAUAGCAAUUUGUAACCCAUUAAGACACUCAGCUAUUUUGACACGCACUCUAACUGGAGGAAUAGGUCUAGCCGUUGUCCUUCGGGGAAUAGCCCUUCUCAGUCCUCACCCUUUCUUGCUACGUUGGCUUCCCUAUUGCAAGACUAAUAUAAUUUCCCAUACCUACUGUGAGUUCAUGGCCCUCAUCAAGAUCGCCUGUGCUGAGACGAGCAUCCGCAGAGCUUACAGCCUCAUUGUGGCCUUCCUCACUGGUGGGGUGGACUUCAUACUGAUCAUUUGCUCUUAUGUUCUCAUACUCAACACGGUCUUCCAUCUUCCUUCCAAGGAUGCCAGACUCAAAACUCUGGGCACCUGUGGCUCACAUGUCUGUGUUAUCUUAGUGUCCUAUACCCCAGCCUUCUUCUCCUUCCUCACCCAUAGGUUUGGGCACAAAGUGGCUCCCCAAGUACAUAUAUUUGUGGCCAACAUCUAUCUCCUUGUACCACCCAUGGUGAACCCCAUUAUUUAUGGUGUGAGGACCAAGAAAAUACGAAACAGAUUCCUCAAAAUGUUCAGGUUUUCAAAGCUCACAAACUGA